AUGUCUUCAAACUCUCAUACGGCUAUCCAGAUUCUCGACAAGCUCUACGAGCAUGUCAUGAAACUCCGAACCAGCGUGCCCAAGAACGGCCAAAUGGAUCUUCACAAUCUAAACAAUGUCGAACACGUGAUGAACUUUGAUUUCGAGCACUUGAAUGAGAAGAAAGCGGUUCCCCCUCUCUACUUCGAACCCAUGCAGUCCUCCGAAUUGAAGCAAUUCCCACCUGAUCCUGCCAAAGUGCGCAGGUUCUUCGACAUAGCCGAGCAUGGCAGCCAAGUUCCCAGCUGUUGCCGCCAGAUCUCCGACCUUAUCUCCGACUAUGCAACCCGUAAAGCAGUGUCUCACCAACAUCUUCAGAUAGUCGAAGCACCCGACAGUACCUUCUACCUAGAAGCGAGCCUCUCAGGGCCAUACGGUAAAAGAGGAUGGUGGCAAGUUUGCUAUGUGCUAGAGCCAGAGCCCGUUAACGGAAAAUGCUACCCCCAUCUAGCCCUCCACCUCCUCGAUCACACGGCAGUAGCUCACGACGACUCAAUUCUCUACUCCGAGUUCAGCGCAUUGGUUAGUGCCAUGCGAGGACGUGCACUUCAACCGAAGGUAGAUUCCGAGUCGGAACGGGAAGAGCUUUACGACCAUGAAGACGCCGGGGAAGAAUAUAAAGAGUUUUUACCCCAGCCAUGCAAAGUCAUGUUCCCUGAUGAGGAAAUAUUUCCUGUUCUGCUCAUUUCUUGUGUCCUUCCACAACAUGCCAGAAUCUUCGCUGCAUGUAUGUACCAGGGGAAGCUGGUGAUUAGACAGUCGAAGCUUUACAGCUUUGAAUGGAGGGAUAAGGCGCCGGUGGAGUUAUUUACUCGGGUUUUCUUCAGUAAGCCGGUGGAUACUAAGGGCGAGACUGGUCUUUGUUAG